UCGCUUUUUAUAUAUACCUCUCAUUCAUACCUUCCUUACUCACCUUUCUCUCAAAUCAAAAUCCUUUGCUCUCUGAAACCCAAAACCAGAAAUCAUGGCUGACACCAAAUCCCACAGUAACUUUGUUAUCUCUGACAAGAAAAAACGAACUGGGUCGGAUGAUUUCGACGACAGCAACAACUUCAAGACCACAAAGAAACAAAUGCUAUUCCCAUCCUCCACGCACGACGACCCCGCGGCGUCUAUAGCGGCGGCGCGCCACGAGUUCGGCGAGCACGGCGGAGUGAACAUGUCAAUCGAAGCCUCAGCAACCUUCACAGUGAUGGAGCCAGAAACCAUGCGCAGAAUGUUCUCCGGCGAGCUCGGCCCAGACCGUGACUUCUUCAUCUACAGCCGGCACUUCAACCCGACGGUGUUGAAUCUCAGCCGCCACAUGGCGGCGCUGGAAUUCACCGAAGCCGCGUACUGCACCUCGAGCGGCAUGGCUGCGAUUAGCUCGGUUCUCUUACAACUGGUCAGCAGUGGGGGCCACAUGGUGGCUUCUACAGCACUUUACGGUGGGACCCACGCUUUGCUGACCCACUUUCUGCCUCGAGCUUGUAACAUAACGACGACGUUUGUGGAUAUAAACGAUUUGGAGAUGGUGAAGAAUGCGAUGGUUUUGGGACAGACAAAAGUGUUGUAUUUUGAGUCAGUUUCGAAUCCGACACUGCGUGUGGCUAAUAUUCCGGAGCUGAGCCGAGUAGCUCACGAGAAAGGUGUUAAGGUUGUGGUCGAUAAUACUUUUGCUCCGAUGGUUAUCUCUCCCGCUCGGCUCGGCGCCGAUGUUGUGGUUCAUAGUAUCUCCAAGUUUAUUAGCGGUGGGGCCGACAUUAUUGCAGGAGCUGUGUGUGGGCCUGCAAGUCUUGUGAACUCCAUGAUGGACCUCCACCAAGGGACCCUUAUGCUUUUAGGGCCAACAAUGAAUGCCAAGGUUGCCUUUGAACUAUCAGAGAGGAUUCCUCACUUGGGCCUAAGAAUGAAGGAGCAUUGCCACAGAGCAUUCGUUUUUGCCACAAGGAUGAAAAAGCUGGGCCUUAAGGUCAUCUACCCAGGCCUUGAAGAUCACCCAAAUCACAAUCUUUUGAAGUCCUUCGGCAAUAAGGACUAUGGGUUUGGUGGGCUUCUCUGUGUUGACAUGGAAACUGAGGAAAGGGCUAACCGGUUGAUGAACCAUUUGCAAAACACCACUCAAUUUGGGCUCAUGGCAGUUAGCCUGGGAUACUAUGAGACCCUCAUGUCUUGCUCUGGUAGUAGUACUAGUAGUGAAUUGAAUGCCGAGGAGAAAGCACUAGCUGGAAUUUCACCAGGCUUGGUUAGAAUGUCCAUUGGAUACAUUGGGACAUUAGAGCAGAGAUGGAGCCAAUUUGAAAAGGCACUUUCAAGAAUGCAGGAUUCGGCUACAUUCAAUAAAUACUGAACAUUUUCAAGUAACCAAUGCUGGAAUAAGCUGUGGUAUAGUUUAUGUUGGUUGUUUCAUGUAAGAAUGGGUCCUUCCAGUCUGUUAUUUCAGGUGUGGAUAUUAAAUAAUAGCUUUUCCAGUGGACUGUAUAAUGUUUUAUUAGUUUGUCAUGGCACGGACUUCAAGUUCAAUCAAUUGCCUAUAGUAAACGAGUUUCCCCAAACUUCA